AAGCUCAAGGAUGAGUAAUAAUAAGUAGCCAGUUAAAUUGUGGCAUCAUCAAACAACUGGUAAAAAGUAAAAGGUUUGGGUGACGUAAUGAAGUUAUCUGAUUGAUGCUGACAACAGGAAGGUACAAACAACAUUAGGCACGAGAGCUAUUACUACAUACAUCAUGAUAAAUCUACCGGGUACAUAUAGUGCCGUACGGUCAGAUGUUGGAAAAGGAAAAAGUAAGCGUAAUUGGCGUAAAUCAAACAUCGUUUAACUAGCUACGUUUAACAAAGACGAAGGAAACACACAUUCGAGUUGUUCCAUAGCAACAUUUGAACAUUUAUACCUCCUAUGAAUUUAAAUAUUUAAAUACAUUUUAUUCAACGGCUGCCAAGAACAUUGAUUGAAUGAACUAUUAGUUACAUAGUUAACUAACCUAGUACCUAGUACAAUACCUAAGAUAAGGCGUAAUCUCAAUCACGUGAACUAGCUCGGCCUUUAGCGUGUCCAAAUCCGAUUCGCUCCGUUCAACAGAGCGAAACUCCCGGACCCCAAGAUCCAAAAGCUGCAACACGCCUCUUCGCCAAUCCUGACCACCUAAACCCCCCCAUCUCUAUCACCAACAACCUUGGACUUAACAUCCAAAUAAUUAACUACCGUAAUCUCGACAACGACCAAAUUAUUGCCCUCAUCAAGAUAUGAGUCGCGCCGGAAAGAUUGCCCCCGAGCAGCUUCCAAUUUUGUUCGUAAAGAAUCUGAACUACGAAGUAUCUUCUGACGCGCUUUGGAAACUCUUUGAUCCCGGCGAGGACGGCCUUAUCCGUCAAAUUCGACAAGGGAUUUCCGUCGAGGCAAAGGGAACCGCAUAUGUUGUCUUCUGGAACGUCAUGGAUGCGAAGAACGCCCUCGAGAAGCUAAAUGGCUACAACUUCCAGAACAGAUAUCUUGUCGUUCUAUGGCAUCAGCCAGAGAAGACGCUCAAGUCAAAAGAUGAUCUCCAGGCACGCAAGGACAAUUUAGCGCAGCUCAAAAUGAAGCAUGGGAUCGAUUGACAAUUAGACGGGCCUGCGGACAGGCUUCAGACUUGUACCCGUGCUCCGUCUGCAGUCCCGUCUAAUCCAGCUUCUACUACCUCCAGCUCCACCGCUACCACAUCCACUACGACGUCGAUCCAGAAGAACCCGACAUCGGUGGCGAAGAACAGGAAGGGCAGGCCAGAUUAUGUCACCGGGCACGCACGAAAGCUCGCCUUGAACUUCGUGCGUAGCCUUAUUCC